AUGGUUACCCGAUUGUCCUUAGCGGAGGAGCUGGUCAAAGACCAUCCUAAGAAAACCAUCGAGCUCCUCAUGGACUACCUCCAAGAUAAAGAGAUCCGGGCAACGACUGAGCGGUAUAUAUGGGAGAACCCGGCUCGACGAAGUCCCGAGACCGCGUUGGAACACCGACACGAAGCCUCGCCGCCACGCGCACAUCGCCGGAAUCCCUCUGCGCCACAAGGCCCCCCACGAUAUGAUGUUCAGAGUGCCAGGUACAGUGUACAGACCCCUCCCACCAGCGCGGGAUCCGUCAAGUCCCACGGCUCGGGUCUCACCGCCGCGGGCAUGGAAAAGAUAACAUUCCUCUCAUGCGACGACGAAAUCCCGGACCAGACAGUCAUAGCGAGGAAUGCACCGGGGAGAUACAACUUGAUUGAUAAGGAAGUGGCAGAUAGUCGUGGACUCAAUGUCGAUCCGGUUGACGUGGACGAGUCGAUACUGGUACACCUCCCGUCAGGUGCGAAGAGGAGAGUGAGUGUCCAGACUGUUGUGUACCUGACAUGGCAUCGUCGUGGUGCAUACCGAACAAGUAAAAAUGCAUUUUACAUCGUACCAGAAGGGCUGCUGAACAGCGAUGUGGUUCUGGGAUCCGAUGAAUCUAUGGAGCGACAACACACCACAGGCUUCGUAUCAGCGGAAGAGAUAGACCAAUCGGUCCCCCUACGCGCACCGACUGCGCCCAUGUACGCUCAAUCCUCUCUGCAACGUCCGCCUGAGGUUCAACGCACCUACGAUCGCGUGAGCGCCAUGCGGGAAGCCCAACUCAUGCGCGCAUCCGAACCACCCGCUCAAGCCGCACAGUCGGCACCCGUGAACGACGGACAACCAAGUCACGCAACGUUGCCCGCUGCAGGUCCCGCGGCUACAGGCGGACAGCUCCAACUGAAAGGCCUCUGGGGCACGACGCCAAUCAGUAUCUCGUUCAACCCAGAGGAAUCUGGAGAGACUUUCUUCCAAGUCUUCCUCCGGUGGGCCAAGCGGCGCGGCCGUGGUGGCGAGGUGGACCGAAGCAGAAUGAUUCUCUGGCUUAAGGCAAACAAGGAGAUGUCGGACGACGCAGCCCAGGAUCUCAGCCUUGACCUCGACGAGUUGGAGAACCUUUGGGCUACAACGGUUGCAUGGAUUCACGAGAACAAAAGUGCGCAAGCACCGCAUCUCUAUGCGACGGUCCAAAUGAUCGAAAUGGAAGACGGAUGA